AUGAGUGAGAUCCAGCGGAGAGUCGCCAUCAUUGGCGCCGGUAUUGCCGGGUUAACCCAAGCUAUUGCUCUCAAAACCAAACUUAAAUUCCACAAUUUCACAAUAUAUGAGAAAGAGUCUGAAGUUGGCGGAGUGUGGAGGGCCAACACAUAUCCUGGAUGCUCAUCAGAUAUCGAAAUUCAUUGGUACAGCUUAUUAUCAGACCCUUACCCAUACUGGAACGCAUCACAUGGCCUUCAACCGGAAAUUCAAGCCUACUGGAUCAACCUCUCGAAGAAAUACAAUCUAUAUCCACACAUCGCAUUCAACACAAAAGUAUUGUCUGCCGAGUGGGAUGAUGCCAAACAACAGUACAACAUCAUCGUGGAAGAUGUAUCUUCAGGCAAGAGAAUGUCGAGCGUAGCCAACGUCGUGAUAUCUGCCAUUGGUAUCUUGCAAGUCCCAAAGAUUCCAUAUGAGAUCCCUGGAGUUCGCAAGUUUCAGGGGGCAUCGUUUCAUUCCGCACAGUGGCCAGACUCAAUAAAUCUGCAAAACAAGCGCGUUGCAGUGAUUGGAAAUGCCUCCUCCGGAGUACAGUUCGUGCCAUCUAUAUCUGAAGACUCGUCCGUCGAAGUAGUCAACUUCAUCCGCACCCCGACCUGGUUUACCACUCGACCACGCAUUCCAUACUCGAACACUGUGAAAUGGAUAUUUGCUAACAUCCCCCUGGUAAUGCAACUGCACCGAACUUGGAUUAUGCUCCAGUAUAUUGUUCCCCCUCACUUACCCAUGGGUCAUAGGGCUCUCCAGAAAAAACAUGACGCGAUGAAGAAAUACAUCCUCAAUAACACACCGGAUAGAUACCAUUCUCAUAUGAUACCUGAUCAUCCCCCAGGUUGCAAGCGGACUGUCGCGAACAGUGGUUUCCUGAAAAGUAUCUGUCGUUCUAACGUGACACUGAACUUCGACGGAAUCGCCGAGAUAGUGGAGAAUGGCAUCAUCACAAAGACUGGUGAAAUGUUACUAUUUGAUGUCAUUGUAUACGCGACCGGAUUCAGCUGCGAGUCGUAUCAGAUGCACGUUCGAGGCUUGAAUGGAGCCACUGUCCAAGGCUAUUAUGAGGCGCAUGGUGGCCCUACUGCAUACCUCGGGACUGCAAUUCCAGACUCACCAAACUUUUACUUGAUAAUUGGACCAAAUACUGGAGGAUCAACAGCAUCGACGUGGACCGCAGAAGCGCAAGUUGCAUACAUCCUUCAACUCAUAGAGCCGGUCCUUACUGGUUCUGCCUCAUCUUUCACCGUCAAAGCCACACCCACAGAUACAUACAACGCCAAGCUACAAGAACGGCUCUCUCGCUCGGUGCAUGUACACUGCUUCUCUUGGAGGCGUACGAACGGUACAGGCAAAGUGUUCCAUUCGUUUCCUUGGCCUGGGACAGUUUUCUUGUGGUUACUUCGUAGACCAAAUUGGGAUCAUUAUACGGCUGUCGGCGCUGAGAAAUGGGUAUGGGCAAGGCGAAGAAAGGCUGUUAAGGAUAUUCUGAAAUGUGCUGCAGUCUUGACGCUACUGUGGUUAUACAUCAACGGCUCUGCCCAGCGGAUUUUAUACGACAUGUACAAGCGGCUACCAUGA